UAGAACAGCGGGGCGAUGCACACGUGGCUCGGGGACGUGUCAGGGGGCGGAGUCUAUGCAGCCCCUGCCCGAGUUAAAACCGGAGUGUGAGAGAGAAAAGCGCUUCAGUAGCGAGAGGGGCUGAGAAAGUGGUGACACCGCCGGGGUGCGGAGGGAGUCCGUGAAACUUCUCCCAACAGCCCCAGGGCCAAUCUCCCCUCAGCCCACUCCCCUCUUCGCCAGCGCUCUUGUCCCCACUCCCUGCACCGGGGGUGGGGUGGGGAGCCAGGCCCGUCUCCCGCGGGGGCACACACAGGGGCCGGGAGCGGGGACGGGACCCCCAGGCUGGGGGGACGGACCGACAGACAGACGGCCGGGCGCCCGCCCCAGCGGGCAGGCAGGCAGGAGGCGGCGGAGGCGGGGGUACGACGGGGAGGACUGGGUCUGGGGAGUUUCCUCUCAACUAUCGGGGGAGAAACUCCCUGCAGCCGGAGGAAAGACCCAGACGGUGUUUUCCUCCCGGGGGCCGCGCUCCCCAGCCCCGCGUAGCGGCGGUCGCCGCCGCCGCCACCGGUGCUUCCACCUCUGCCAUCUCUUUCUCCACCACCUCGGGCCCCGGUGUCCCCGGCCAGCACUAUGCCCAUCUUACUGUUCCUGAUAGACACGUCUGCCUCUAUGAACCAGCGCAGCCAUCUGGGCACCACCUACCUGGACACGGCCAAAGGCGCGGUAGAGACCUUCAUGAAGUUGCGUGCCCGGGACCCUGCCAGCAGAGGAGACAGGUAUAUGCUGGUCACUUUCGAAGAGCCGCCCUAUGCUAUCAAGGCCGGGUGGAAAGAAAACCAUGCAACGUUUAUGAAUGAACUGAAAAACCUUCAGGCUGAAGGACUUACGACUCUUGGCCAAUCCCUAAGGACAGCUUUUGAUUUAUUAAAUUUAAAUAGAUUAGUAACUGGCAUAGACAACUAUGGGCAGGUAGGUUGAAUAUUAAGGUGGAAAAAUAGUUUUUUGUGUGUGUGUCUGUGUGUGUGUGUGUGUUGUGUGUGUGUGUGUGUGUAUGUAAAAACACAAUCCAGACCAGAACUGUAGCACAUGAAGUGCAAGUGUAAAACAUUUCAGAUUGAAAUACAGUGUGCGCAUAGUUCAAAGGUAAAACUCCCUGGGGCAUAUGGUUUUAUGUCCCUCACUUCCCCUCUUAAGAAGGCUUUAUAUUUAGGGUUAGAAAUUGAAUUCUUUGCCUUAAGAUGACAUGAAUUUGGUUUCAGUCCCUUCCCAGUUCAUUAAAGAUACAAAGGGAAAACCCCCUACCCCAGCAUACUCACUCUGAUCCUCCACUUGUAGGUAUAUGUGUGACUAUUGAAAUGGUCUUACACACAAUAGUUGGUUAAUGGUCUUCAUUUUUAUAUUAGUCACUAAAGAUGUUAGAGGAAAUUAUUCCUCCUGUUCCAUUUGUCAGGGUUUAAUCUAUUGUGUAACUAUUCUGAAAGGUAAGAGUUUCACUACAGUAACAGGCUGAGUACCUUUUUUGUCCUCUUUUGAAGUAUAUACCAUUAGUAAGUACUGCAGGGGGAAUUGUAAAUUAAAUGACAGGUUCAAAAAUUUGGUUUUUAUUUUUGAACUCUACACCCGUGGAAAAAAGGUUUUCUGGAAAAGAACCAUUGCUUCCUUAAUUUAAGUCCCUGUCUUGUGUUUAUCUAUUUGAGGAUGAGCCAAGAGCUUUGAAUCACAUAGUCAUUUACUAAGGAGUACUGUGAGGUGGUCCAUUAUAACUUGUUAUGCUUUUGCUAUCCUGAAAAUAAAAGAAAGUGUAAUGUUACAUGGAACAGGAAUUUCCCUGACUCUUAAUGUUGUAUUGCAAAGCACUAUUACCAUAACUAUAAUACUUAGGUAUACAUAUUUUGUUUCCCAAGUUCCAUAGUUCACAGUUUUCAUGAGUUCCACACAUUUCAGGGAAGUUCUUCCAGUGAAUACAAUUUUUAAUUUGCUUUAUAUAGAAGGAAGUGAAAUUGUUCUCUUGUUUAAGAAGUUUUCCUUUGGAUAACUUCAGCACUUAAGCAUCUUUAAAAAUGGUUGAACUUAGUCCUAUAGCAUUUAGGUGUACAUUGCAAUUUAGAGUGACUUUUGAACUGUACUUCAGUCAUUAAUUAGGUAAACAUGUAUUUUCUUACCACAUUAAUUUUUUUCCUUUAUCUGUGCUGCUUUAUUUUGCAACUCUUUGCAACUUUUUGGUCUGUUUCAGUAAAAUAAUCUCUCAUUUCUUUGUUGUGUGUAGAGCCUACACAGUCGUAUUGCUUAAGCCUUUGAGCCAAACUUUUGAGUUCAACGACAUAUAAACUUGCCCUCACCUUAUUUGGUUGUCAGUGUAUAGCAGAACUACUAAUUUCCUAUUUUUCUGCAUCACAUUUCAUAAGUAGGAAAGGCAUUUGAACACAUUCACCUCCUACUACAUGUUAAAAAUAUUUCUUAAGGUGCUUCCUUAGAAAAAUUACUUGUGGAGAAGUUGAAGACGUUUGUAACUUUAAUCUUUGUUUCCCUUUUCCCAGUUGCUAUCAUCCACCAAAGCGCACUUUAGUUCUUGUCUGCAAAUCUUAAAAAAAAAUAAAAAGUGUGAGGUGGAAAGUGGUCCUGCUGUGUUGUUACCACUUUCACCAAAAGAAGAUACUGGAGAUCGGGAUGUUUUUGCAUCUUAGGGCUUAUUACUUUGACGUGGGCAGAGAUAAUGUGCCUCAGUUAUUUUGAUGAAUCAGCAGGAUGAAGGGAACAAUAUUAGUCAUUACCUCUUGACUCGGCACAGCAAAAUGAAACUGGCAUUCAAAUAAUUUAAGAAGUCACAAUUUCUGAAUGAAAAUGAUUGAGUAAGGUGUUCAGUUACAAGAAAACUUCCAGAUAAAUUUUUUUCAUCAUAAAACUUUUUCUUGUUGAUAAAAGUAUUUCAUAAUUUUUAC